AUGUCAACCAAAACCCAUAUCUUCCUGACUGGCGCCACAGGUUACAUUGGAGGGUCGGUCCUGCAGCGCCUUCUGGAACAUCCUAAGGCACAAUCGUUCGAAAUCACGACCCUUGUCCGCAACCCCGACAAGGCAAAGCUCCUGGAGACAUUCGGCGUCAAGCCCGUGAUAGGCUCUCACUCCGAUACUGACAAGCUCGAGGCGCUCGCAAAGGAAGCAAAUGUCGUCUUCGCGGUGGCAGAUGCUGACGAUCUGGAGGCUGCGAAGGCCAUCCUGAGCGCCCAGAAGAAAAGGCACGCGGAAACCGGUGAGGUACCAAUUUUGAUCCAUACGGCAAGUCCACGCGUGAUCUCUGACAACGCUGCGGGCAUGUUUGCCAGCGACGUCGUCUAUUCCGAUCUGGAUAUCGACAUGAUCGAGGCUUUGAAGCCGUCUCAGCCACACCGGUGGGUCGACAUCUUCGUCAGCAAUGAGGGUAAACAAGGAUAUGCCCGGACUCAUAUCAUCUUACCUUCGACAAUCUACGGCAUCGCCGAGGGCGUUCUGUUCGACAAAGGAGUAUCGAACCCGCACUCCGUGCAGGUUCCCGCCCUGAUCAAGUCGAGCUGGGACAGACAGCAGGGAGGCAUGGUCGGCCAAGGGAAGAACAUCUGGCCGUGCGUGCACAUCGAAGAAAUCGCCGACUUGUACAUCACGCUGUUCGACGCGGCCACGGCGAACCCGAAUACUCCCAAUGGCCGGGAGGGUUAUUAUUUCGGAGAGAGCGACCAUUACUUGAUGUACGACGUUGCCAAGGCUGUAGCCAAGACGCUCGUUGAGCUCGGUCGCGGGAAGAGCGAGGAGCCGACGACUUUCACGAAGGAGGAAAUGCAGAAAUAUUUCGGAGGGGUAUGUUUCUCCGCUUAUCUUGGUUCCAAUUCGCGCUGCAAGGCGGAGCGCUCAAGAGCAAUCGGCUGGAAGACGACGAAGACAGUCAAGGAUCUCCUGGCUAGCGUAAAGCCGGAGACUGAAGCGCUG